CACACAGGAAGGUCACACCAUCCCCCACCAUCAUCAGGGUGAAGAUCUGAUGAUCAUAAAAACUGAGCGUGACGUAGAAGAGACGUAUGUGAGGGAUGAUCAGCAAUAUACGGAGGAGGCUGGAAUGACGAGGACAUUCAUAGAGGAGGACACUCCUACAGAGAUCAGCACAGGUGACCCAUAAUAUAUUCUUCUCUUAUCUCUGCUCUGUUACUGCACACUGAUUGGCCUAGGCUUGUGGUUGUGUAAAGAGCACGCCCCUCCCAGCCCCCAUUGGUUCCUGCUCUUCUGACAAGGCUGUGUACAUAUAGAAGUGAUCUGGGAGGAGGACCAAAGGUUCUUUGAUGGGGGGAAGAGUCCCAGCUGGUUGGGAUCUCCACAGAGAACAUCUCCUCACUCAUAUCUACCUGAUCCAGAUGGAAUCUUGAUGGAAGUGAACUAACCCUCUCCUAUCUAUUGAUGAUGUUUUUCUAUUUUUCCAGGACACGCCAUGGAGAAACCCUCAAAUGAUCGUCUCACUUUAUCUCCAGGUUGUAAAAUGGAAGAUGAGGACAUCACAGGAGAUUGUGGAGGAGAAAAGACGAUGAGCUCCACUAUGGAUGGAGGACUUCACAGUGUGGAUAGACCAUGGAAUCCCUCCGACUCUGAGCAACCUCGUACUGUGAGGGGUGGGGCCGUGAUUCAGGGAGAGGAGACAUUUCCCUGUCCUGAAUGUGGGGAAGAUUUUAGCUCCAAACUAAAUCUUUCUGUACAUCAGAGAUCUCACAAUGUUGGAGACUUCCAUUCCUCUUCUAACGUUGGGCAAUCUUCUGCUUACAUAUCAGAGUUUAUGAACUAUUACAAAUCUCGAACAGGGAAGAAGCAGUAUCCCUGUUCAGAGUGCGAGAAAUCUUUUUCAAGUAAGUACACGCUUUCCAAACAUAAGAAGUUGCACUCAGGUGAGAAGCCGUAUUCCUGCCCCAAGUGUGGGAAAUGUUUUUCAGAGAAAUCCAUCCUUGUUAGUCAUGAAAAAUUUCACACGGGGGAGCGGCCAUUUUCCUGCCCCGAGUGCGGGAAGUGUUAUAAGCUGAAAUUUGUCCUUUUUAAACAUCUAAGAUCUCACACGAGGGAGAAGCGGUAUUCUUGUCCCAAGUGAGAGAAAUGUUUUUCAGAACAAUCAGGUAAAGCUCAUAUUUCGGCGGUGAGUGCUAGAAUUUUCUUUUAUAGAAGGCAAGUCUUUCCAGAUGUCAGAGAUGGGACACAGGCGAGAAGUUUUAUUUCUGCACCAAAUACGGGAAAUGGAUUCCAAGGAAAUCGGACCUUGUAACACAUCAAAGAUCUCACAUGGGGGGAGAAGCCUAUUCCUAAUCUGAGCGCAGGAAAGGUUUUUCACAGAAGUCUUAUUUUGCCAACCAUCAGAGAACCCACAAAACCCUUGAGGUGUAUUAGUGUCCUGAGUGCGGAAAAUGUCUUCUAUAUGGAUCAUAUGUUGCCGUACAUCAGAGAUCUCACACUGGGAAGAAGCACACCUUGAUCUACACCUCAGAAAACAAGUGGCUGAGCGCUCCUCUGAUCUUUUUCAUGGAAGAAACACCUUAUAAGAAAAUCGGAGAUCACUAAAGACUUCAAAGUUCUGUCUGGCUUCCUCUGCUAGGAGAGAGAAGGAGGGGGUGUCACUGCUGGUUGGGUUCCUCUAGGAGAGAGAAGGAGGGGGUGUCACUGCUGGU